CAUUUACCCUCUCUUCUUCCUGCUGCGUCCUCUUCUACUCCUAGUCCUCUUCCUUUUUUCCAACCGGCUACCAGUAGCCACUAAACUAGGCCGCUCGUUCGAUUGGAGCCCCGUAGCUAGCUAGAUAGGUAGUUUGAUUUGGUCGACGCUGAGUCGCUGACUAGCAUUGGGAUGCUUAGCUCGUCGGCCUCUCCUCCGUGGCUGGUGCGCAUGGUGGCGGCAAACGAUGACCAGGCAUCGUCCUCCUCCUCGUCCAAGGGUGGGGGUGCCAUGCUCACCACCGGCACGACCACUAUAGGCACGGGAUACCUCGGUGGUGGCGGGGCGGGCGGCAAUGCCGCUGACCCCCAGGACAGCAGCAAUAGCGGGCAGUCCAGGCUUGCGGCGCGCGGCCACUGGCGUCCGGCCGAGGACAUGAAGCUACGUGAGCUCGUGGCACUCUAUGGCCCCCAGAACUGGAACCUCAUCGCCGAGAAGCUCGACGGGAGAUCCGGGAAGAGCUGUCGGCUGCGGUGGUUCAACCAGCUGGACCCGAGGAUCAGCAAGCGGCCGUUCACCGACGACGAGGAGGAGAGGCUGAUGGCGGCGCACCGCUUCUACGGCAACAAGUGGUCCAUGAUCGCGCGGCUCUUCCCCGGCCGGACCGACAACGCCGUCAAGAACCACUGGCAUGUCAUCAUGGCGCGCAAGUACCGCGACCAGUCCAUAGCCUACCGCCGCCGCAAGCUCAACCAGGCUGUCCAACUCAAGCUUGACUCGUCGCCCCCCGGCUCCGGCGUGGCUGCCGGUGCCGGAUACGUCGACGUUGUUAGUCACCACGACAGCCACCUCGUGGCCGCCGCCCACGACUCCGCCAUCUUUGCGGACCCCUACGGCUUCAGCUUCAGGCAGUGCUGCGUCUCUUUCCCUGCCGGCGCCGCCGCUGCCUCGGCGCCGUUGGAGCCUACCUUCUGCUUGUUCCCCGGGCCCGGCGCCGCAUCAUUGCACAACGGGCGCCUCUCGUGGCCGGACGCCAUGGCCGUGCGAGGCGCAGGAGGUGGCGGCCUUUACUGGGAGCCGCUGCUGCCGCAGGGAGGCUGGAUCGGCGGCGGCCACCACGAGAUGGCACGGUUCAACUCUGUCGACGCGAAUGGAUCGUCUGCCGCCGUGUUUGCCGUGACGGAGCAAGCUGGCCUUCACUUGGACGGCGCGUCGCGGUCGCCGACUUUCAUAGAUUUCCUCGGGGUCGGAACGACAUGAUGGAUAGACGGAUCGGACGCGCCCAUGCAUGGAUCCAUGCGGAUGCGGCAGGUGGACCACUAGCUACCUCUAGCCUCUAGACAGCUUCCUGUAAAAGCAUCUCUAUCCGACCCGAUAUGAUCCGUAAAAUAAUUGUCAAAAUAGGGAUCAACACGAAAAAUGUUGUUUGAUCAGA